AAAACAAUUUGUAGUUUUUUUAUUUGGAAGAAGAAGAACUAUUUUUUUUAUAAAAUGCAACCGCAAUCAACAAAAAAUUUAUAUAAUGGAACUUCAAAAUCCGUUAAUACGAAUACACAGUCUAGAACAAAUCACUCCUAUGGCGGUAAUAAUAAUAAUAAUCGGCAGCAGAGUUAUGCAGGCUCUACACCUAGAAAUCGUCAUAUACAAACAGCUGCCAUAUUUCCUCCACUACAUCCGGGUAUGGUAAUGAGUCAAUUUAAUGCAGCCGCCUAUGCAGCACAGCGUCCACCAAACGUUCAGCAGUGUCAAUAUACCGCCCAAUUUUAUCCACAAUUGUAUUAUCCCUAUUAUGUGCCACAACUUCCCCAACAGCCGCAUCAAGGGCCGCAGCAGCAACAAGGUGGUAAUGUUGGUUCUAUAAUGGCUACAAUGACUCUACCGCCAGGCAGUUUUGUGGGCGGUCCAGCAGGUAAUCAAAGUUCUCUAACUUAUGCUGCGGUAACACCGAGCAAUUCCUUGAUAAAUGUCAAUAAUACUAGUGCUGCUCAAAAUUUAGUUUUGGGCCCCUUGCCACAAAAUUCGGUCCAGGUUCAAACACCAUUAACCUAUGGCCUAAAUGCUGUAGCCAAUAGUUCUGCUAUGGUUAAUACAACAGCCCCCGGUCCCUCAGUAAGUUUUGCUUCAACACGUAUGACCUUUGCCGCCGCCGCUUUGGCUGGCAAUACGAGAAUGGCUGCCAAUCCGUCUGUAAUGCCUACAACUCAACCUCAAGUUAAAGCCAAACUGCGCUCCCACGCCUUACAAAUUAUACAUCCGGUGACAAAUAAAAAUAUUUUACAGGAUUUGAAUAACGAUAAAGAGAUAUCGUUCCCUGCUGGAGCAACUAGUUCCGAAACGCAAAUCGUUGAAAAACAAAUGAUUAAGUCUUGCAAAUCCUUGGAAAUGGUGCAACAAAAAGAUUCUUUUUCAGAUCCGGGGGAUAAUAACAAUGUGCACAUUAAAGCCAUGGAAUGUAACUAUAAAGAUGCCAGUCAACAAGCGGAACAAAUAACUUUACCCCUAAUCACAACUCAAGAUGUUUGUGUGGAAAUUAUACCGAAUUUAGAAGAUCUAACGAAAAUUUCUUCAGAUGUUAGCACUAAACCUAGUGUUGAAAUGGAUCAACAGUUCCAGGGAAAAGAACAAUUAUUAUCUGGAGUAAGCAGUUCUUCUUUAAAUUUUACAGAAAAGGAACCAGCAUCUAGAACUUCUACAAAAAUUGAGGGUCUUGAGAAAAAUCUCGAGAAAAUAAACCACGAACAAGAGACCAGUUUAAAAUUUAGAACUAAAACAAUCAUGACGAUAGAAAAAGAAAGGUCUGAUAGUUCAAAAGAUUUUGAGGUUCCAGAGAAUAGACAUAGAGAUAUAAAGUUGGACCAGGUGGAGGAGUAUGAGGAUAAUGAUACAAUAGAAACAAAUUCGGCACAAAAUACUUUUGACACCGAAGCUACCGAUGAAGAUUUUGAAGAUGCUCAUACAUGCACCGAUACCAGUUCCAUACUAGAAGAACAAGAGGCUUUAAAUCAGGCUUAUCCCUGUACAGACACUGAGGAAAUUGAGUGUGAAUAUGUCAAUCAAGAUUUAUUAUUGGAACCGCAAAUGAUCAAAGAAUCCAGAGAUAUUAAACAUCAAACCAUGAGCGAAACAUUAAGUUCCCCAGCAAACAAUGAAGAAUUUAAAAGUGAAUUUUUGAAUAAUUAUGAAAAUCGGGAAGUAAACUCAAGACCCCGUCAACGUAAACAAUAUACACGUAAACAGCUAAUGCAACUAAGACAAAGUAAACAUUCUUGCCAGCAGCCGGAAGUUAAAAAUUUCUCAAUAUUUGCCCCCAUGAAUCUAAUGCCAGCGUUUGCUAACAAAGCCCCUAAAAUUGCACAAAAUCUGAUAACAUCGGCUAGAGGAAAUCAUAGCGGCUAUGUAAAUUAUCAACAGAAUAACUAUAUUAAAACAAAUGCAAGAACAAAUCGCAAUACUAAUAAUAAUAAUAACUCCUCAGUAGCUACAGCUGGAGCCUCGGGUCUUCAAAACAAUAAGUCUAAAGGCAAAGAUUUGAUUUAUUUAAAUUUAUGCCUUAAAGAGGAUGUCAAACUCAAUGAAAGUGAUAAUGCCUGGAAGCCGAGAGUUCUGACCAAAGACUCCCUUGAGGCAAACACAAAUCUGCCACCAGAAAAGGAAGAACUUUUAAGACGUGUUAGGGGCAUUUUAAAUAAACUGACGCCCGAAAAAUUUGAACCUUUAGUGGAAGAAAUCAUUAAACUUAAAAUCGAUACUUUGGACAAAAUGGAAGGUGUAAUGAAUUUGGUGUUCGAAAAAGCCAUAGAUGAACCGAAUUUUUCCCUUUGCUAUGCCAAAUUAUGUCAUCGAUUGAUUAGCGAGGUCAAGGCCAGCGAUGAACGUAUGGCCAGCACGACUAAAACAAAUUUGGCCCAUUUUCGUAAUGCCUUACUGGAUAAAACGCAACGAGAAUUUACCCAUCAUGUCACUAAAAUCAAUGCUAAAGAGGAAAAACUUAAACCCAUAAGAGAGAAAUAUGAUAAAUGUCAAGAUCCCAAUGAAAAGAUUGAGCUAGAAGCUUUGCUCAAUGAAGAAGAGCGUAAAAUACGCAGACGUUCGGGUGGUACGGUGCGUUUUAUAGGAGAAUUAUUUAAAAUAUCCAUAUUAAGUGGUAAUAUCAUACACAGCUGUAUAGAGGCCUUACUCAAGGAUCCCGCAAAUGAAGAUAUGCUAGAAUGUUUGUGCAAACUUUUGACUACCGUCGGACAGAAAUUUGAACAGACUUGUCUAGCGUCAGAAGAUAAACGCAAAUAUUCCCUAAAAUCGGUUAUACAGCGUAUGCAAAAUAUUGCGUUAAAAAAUGAAAAUUCCAAAAUAUCUUCACGUAUACGUUUCAUGCUGCAGGAUGUUAUAGAUUUGCGCAAAAAACGUUGGCAAUCCACGCGUAAUGAGGCCCCCAAGACUAUGGAACAAAUCGAAAAGGAAAUCAAUAAUCCUACAACUAUGAAUAAGAAUACAGAAAAUUUAACAAAUUCCCUAAUAGAAAGUAAAAGACCCUUAAAACUUGAUUCUACAAAUAUGGCAAAACGUAUGGAACGUUCAACGGGCGGUAGUGGUAAUGAAGUUAAACAAAAUCCUAGAGACUCUAAAGCUAAUGACAAAUGGCAGGUUCAGGGGGUCAAAGUUCAUAGCUUGCAAGCUUUAGACUCUAGUAAACUAGUGGGUCUUAGCCAUAUGGAUAUGAAUAAUAAAAAAAUGGGUGGAGCUUCUUUGUUUCAAUGGAAAAAGUUGCCCUCACCGCCUGCAACAAGUGUGGCAAAUUCUUUUGCUGUACUCUCCAAUAUGGAAGCUAAUAAGGCUACAAAAUUAUCCUACAAAGAGCAGGAAAGAAAACGUAAUGGUAGCCAGACCAAACAUAUACAAAAUAAAACCGAACAUAACGAAAGAAAAGAAGCGCUAAAGUCUACUCAAACAAGAAAUCCUCCAAAAAUGACAAAGGCCUUCAAAAAUCUUAAUCAAAAUAAAUAUGAUAAUGAUAUAGAGGCCAGUAGUGCCAAGGACUUAAGUUGCUCAUGCCCGGCCGUUUUUAAAGAACCCAAUAAUGUUGAAAUAAAACUUAUUAAAUCGGUUGUAACUGACAUGCUAGAAAAUGCUCUCAGCACCAAAGAAAUAGACUCGGAAACAAUAACCUGCUUUCUAAAUUUACCUGCUGAUCUAAGAUGUCCCUUGAUCUAUUACAUACUAACCGACUAUUUACAUUUAGCCAAUGUUAAGGCCUUGAGCCGACGUUAUUUAGCUCUUGUAGUAAACUAUUUAAUAACGCAUAACCAUUUGACUCUAGAACAAUUCCAUUUGGCCUAUAGACAUUUUGCCGAUUUGGCCAGUGAAUUAAUUGUUGAUAUACCGGAACUAUGGCGUUAUAUAUUUGAGUUUACCGGUCCUUUAAUGGUGAAAAAUCUCUUAACAGUUAAUGAUUUAUGGCCGACACAAUUAAAAGAAUCCAGUUCUCCUUUAAUUAAACAAAAAUUUCUCAAAACUUUAAUACUCUACUGUAGCCGAGAAGUGGGUCCUGCGUUUACCCGCCAGAUAUGGCAAAAAUAUCAUAUAAAAUGGUCCGAUUUUCUACCACAAAUGGAAGUGGAUAAUUUUAUAAUAAACAACAAUUUUGAAUUUAUAGAAAAUCCUCUUAAAUCCCCGACUGAUAUAAUAAACCACAAAGAUUCACCAGAAAUCAUACAAAAACGUGUUAUGGAUCAUAUACAACAAUUGCUAAAAGAAAAUUGUCAUCCUGAUUUCAUUAUAGAUUAUAUAAAUGGCAAUAUCAUGCACAUAACCCGAAAUUUUAUACAAAAUUUAACACCCCUCCUAGCAAACUAUGCUCUAAAGGUUCGAGACAGCUAUAGUCUAGAUAUAGGAAAAUUUCAAAAUGUUUCUCUACCCAUUUUAAGACGUUAUUUGGAUUCUCAAGAAACAUUAGAACUAGAAUGUCUAAAAGCUUUACAUAGUUUUGUGGAAAAUUUAGAAAAUCCUCUUGGUUUAUGGGAUUGUAUAUGUGCUGAACUCUAUGGCGCCGAAGUUAUAGCCCAAGAAACUUUUAUCGAUUGGCAGAACUCAAAAAAUUAGUAUAUAAAAUUGUUUAAUAACUUCUGUGAAAUAUUUUACUAAAUUAUUCAUAUCCCAAAAACACUUUCGCAAAGAGAUCUUUGGUGUAUUUGUUGUAGUUAAUAACUGGAACUAGUUUACCAAAAAUUUCUUGUAAAACUCUUUUUGGGUUAAUGAAAGUAUUAUUUUUACAGUUAUCUUAAUAUUUUAUACUUGAUAUGAUGUAAAUAAAUUUGAGAAUAAAAUAUUAGAUAUUUGUUAUGAUGUUUAA